AUGGUAGCUCUCUUCUCGCUGUUGGAUCUAGAUACCGAUGCUUUUUCCGGUAUAUGCGGAACCAUCUCCAUCGUAGCCUGGAUAGUCGUCUUCAGUCCCCAGAUCUACAAGAAUUUCCAGCGCGGCUCCUCGGAUGGCUUGUCGCUGCAGUUCCUCGCUGUGUGGCUGCUAGGCGACAUAUUCAAUGUUGUCGGCGCUGUGCUUCAGGGGGUUCGGCCGACCAUGAUCAUACUGGCUAUAUACUUUACCGUGGCCGAUGUGGUGUUGCUGGCUCAGUGUCUCUUCUACAGCGGUUUUACAUGGAAGAGAGAUGACGCUGUGUCUCCUAUGCGGGGGACAGAGGAAAUAGAGUAUUCGGACGAGAGAACGACAUUGCUGCAUGGGUCUAUGGUAGCUAAUGAGAGGCAAGGUCCUGACAACAGCAGCAGUAGCAGCAACGAGACUUGUGUGUUCAAAGGGCCUGCAGACUCCCCUACACAUAACUGCCUACACACUCAUGUCAAAAACAUGGUCAUCGUCAUCUUGGUUUGUGCAACAGGCAUGGUGAGCUGGUAUCUCAGCCACCAGUCUCCCAGCCACGGGGACGCCGCCCCCGUUCAAGAGAUUCCCUCGGUCGACGUUUUGGGCCAAGUCUUCGGCUGGCUCUGCGCAUUCCUUUACUUAUGUUCGCGCUUCCCGCAACUGAUUCUCAACUGGCGGCGCAAGUCUGUGGAAGGGCUAUCAGGAUUAUUCUUCCUCUUCGCGUGCUUGGGAAAUUCCAUGUAUGUCUUGUCGAUUCUCGCAUUCGACUCGACCUCGGCUGUGUCCAACAGCUGUCUUGGGGCGUCGUGCGAAGCACGGGACAUCUACGGUAGACAUAUACUGGUUAACCUUCCGUGGCUGGUGGAUGGUCUGGGCACGUUACUCCUUGACGGGGCGAUUUUCGCGCAAUUUUUGCUUUACGGGGAAAUCAAGCCUAUGCGUGAUGAGGUCUAG